AUGCACAUCGCGUUUGAAGGCAACAACACUCUUCCUCGCAAAUUCGUGGAUUUGCGAGAACGCUCGCGACCGCGACACGACGAACAUCAUGGUGUACCUCGAAUCGAGCGCGACCGAAGUCCCGAAGAGCUCAAAAACGACCUCGAGAAAAUCGCUAAAUAUAGAGCCCUGGAGGGUCAGUUACGAGCUCAGACUUCGGAGUCACGGUUCGAUCCGGUAACCUUGGAGCUGACUACGAAGCUCCUGCGCAUAAAUCCCGAAUAUUAUACAGUAUGGAACGCGAGGAGACGCUGCCUAAUAUCUGGGCCGUUUGAAAAUAAGAACCAGAAAGUGCUGCCAAAGAGGGGCUUAGGACGCCACGAAACAAGCAAAGAGCCUAUCAAUGCGCCUCAGCAUUUGUCGACGACCGACUCUAGCGAGAACGGGCAGAGACAUUGUCGUUCUUCUACAAGCCAACGUGGUACAACACUCAGCGAAAAAUAUGAAAGUGGAGAUGGUGCCAAUACCAGCCAUUCAUCCGACAUUAUUCGCGACGAGCUAGUAUUUACAGUACCGCUAUUAAUGGCUCAUCCGAAGUGCUACUGGAUCUGGAACUAUAGAAUGUGGACUCUGGAACAGGCCACGUUGCUACUACCCAUUGAGAUGGGGAAGUCUAUCUGGCGCGAAGAACUUGGACUGGUCGGCAAGAUGCUGGAUCGGGACCGGCGAAACUACCAUGCUUGGGCGUACCGACGUUACGUUGUAUCUCAUUUAGAGUCGGCCGAGCUUCAAGGCCAGAGCAUGGCUGAAUCAGAGUUUGCUUACACGACCAAAAUGAUCGAGGACAACUUGUCCAAUUUCUCGGCCUGGCACAACCGCGCUCAGCUAAUACCGAGGCUUCUCGCGGAGCGAAAUGCGGAUGACUCGUCGCGCAGAGCAUUUCUGGAUAAAGAAUUUGCCAUGGUAGAUAAUGGUUUAAACGUUGGCCCAGAGGACCAAUCGCUAUGGUACUACCAUCAGUAUCUUGCCCUAAACACCGCUGAACAGCCUGCGGAUCUGGCCAUUGUGCCUGGGAUGAUCAUUGGCGACCGAGUCAAACUGCUCAGCCGCGAAAUCGAGUUCAUUAAGGAUCUUCUCGAGGAUUAUAAUGAUGUGAAGUGGAUAUUCGAAAUGCUAAUCGAGUAUUCGCUGCUCAUCUAUAAACUUCGCAACGAGCCAUUAAGUGACGAGAAAAAGAGCGAGAUUGAAGGCUGGGUAGCGAUAAUAAUGAAGCUUGAUCCUCAGCGGUCGAACCGUUGGAAACAACUAGGGGAGCAGUCUAGAACUAUUUAA